UAUCAGAGAGCUGGCCUGUGGGAACAAGCACCGCCCUUGAAAACUGAACAAUAACGGCACAGUGAAAGCAGGGAAGUUUCAAGGGGAGCUGCAAGAAGAGAUGCUUCUCUGAACUAUGCUGGGGCCCAUGGAAGACAAAUGGAUGUUGCCAGGAGGUGGGGACACUAUUCCUAGAGAGCCCCACCAAGAGCACAUCGCUGCAGGAGGAGCUCAGACCCAAUGAAGGCCUGAAGGCACCCGCAGGUCUUGGCCAUGUCAAACACACACUACGUGUUGCUGCUUUUCCUGGGAUCCUGCCUUGGGGUGGAAAUCACAGAAAGAAAACUUGCAGCAGAAGGAUCCUCUGUCAUGAUGCAUGCACCAGCAAUCAGCAAUACGAACAUCACAGAGUGGGAAUACAUAGAGGGCAACACACCCAAAUUCAUCUUGCAGUACUAUGCCAACUCACAGUCUGCAGUUGUUUACACAGCAUACAGAGACAGAGUGGUUUUCUACCAAACAAAUGGCUCGCUUCUCCUGCAGCAGCUGCGGGAGGCAGACAGUGGCCUCUAUAAAGCAACAGUUGACCUGAUGCAGGACAGGGCUAGGACAACUAUCCUGGAAGUAAUCAAGCCUGUACCCCAGCCCAAACUCCUGAAGAGCUCAAACCUGAACAGCUCUCUCAUCAAGCUGAUCUGCCUGCUGCCCAAUGGAACCGUGGCUGCUGUCUCUUGGAAGAAGGAUGGACAUUCCCUUACCCCACAAAAUUAUUAUCAGCUCACUCAGAACUCCGCUGAGUUGUGGAUAAGGAAGGGAGACAAGUCGAACUGUGGCUCCUACUCCUGCAACGUCAGCAAUGCCGUAAGCUGGGAAGAGGCAACCUUCAACCUCAUGAUGGCAGGUCUCUCGCCUCCUCUCCAAGUUGCACUGAGGACAACAGUGGCUGCACUGGCUCUCACUGUCAUCACUGCCAUCGGCUUUGUCAUCUGGCUCCUGCAGCCGGGGAAGCACAGACUUGGAAAAGAAGCAUGGACAUGGCUAACUCUACCCAUCAAGGGGCUGCUGGGCAUCUCAUGUCUUCUCCUGUUUGUCACCUCUGUCAUCUGGAUGCAGGAAGAAGGUCCUUCUGCUGCCUUCAUCCUGCAUGGGCUUUGCUUCCUUGCUGCAGUCAUGACUGUGGUGCUGAUCACCAUGAUCUCUCAGUGCAGACCAGAAGCACUCCCCCAGUGCCCAGCCCAGACCUGCCAUCAUGUCAUCCUGUGCAGUACAGCCAUGACACUGGCAGUCAACUUGUCAUUCUCCUGCCUCUUGCUCCACAACUUCCAGCAGGUCCAUGAGCGUGGCUGCUCAGAACCUGUCAGUGUGAUUGCCAGCUGCGUCCUUGCUGUCCUGGCAGCUCUCCUGUUGUUCUCCCUCUGUUAUUACAAGAAGAAGAUGGAUGCCAGCAAACAGACCACAAGCACCCAAGGGAAAGAAGAAGAUCGUGAACAGAACCAAGACAAGGAGAGCAAACAUUCCCUUCACCAUCCUGGAGAUGACAUCACACAGGAGCCAGGCUAAAAAAAAGGAUGUAAGGCACCGCAAGCUCUGCCUGCUGUCCAGCAGAGUUUGGAGCAAAAAUUCAGCCAAAAUGUUAAAAAAAAAAAAAAAAAAAAAAAAGGAGGAAAAAAAAAGGAGGAAAAAAAAAAGUUACACAUUCCAGACUUAGCUGUGGACAGAUCUGAGAAGUUCUGUUCAACUGUCCCAGCUGUGAUGUAUUGCUACUAUUUGUCAGAUAAGAGCAGUACUGGCCCAGCCAAUACCUUCUGGCUUCAAAAGAUUCCUGUCUGUUUUGCUUUUAGCUCAGCUUCUGAGAAUUUCCACUUCCUGAACUGCUUUCUUGCUGUCUCCUUAUAUGGUGCCUUAUAGCUGUAGCUGCUGUGCUCUCAGGCCUCAAGUCUUUAUACGGCUUUUAAAGCAUUCCAGACCUCAAGUGCCCUGAGUUGGUUUCCAUUCCACUGAGCCAGCCUUGUCCCACCUUGUCCCACUGCUUAUCAGUGUGCAGUGGGCACUGUGGGCUGACGCCAGGACAAGGCGAGGGCGCCGUGCAGUGCUGACACAAGUUAUGCCAAAUAACUGUGUGCCUUCUGUUACACUGGCUAAGGAUAGUUCUGUGAACAGUGAAAAAUACGCAGCUUUGCCUUCAGUUCUGAAAAAGAAAUUUGAGAAUAGGCUUCAAGAUUGCAAAAAAAUUAAUCAACUUACGUUUGAAACUCCAGUUUCAGUCGACAUGAAUUCAUUAGCUGUGAAUUUUCAAAUGCAGUGCGUUGAGUUGUGAUCAGACAUUCAACUUCAAAAUCUGAUCAUGUCUCUUAACCAGAUUUUCAGAAGCCUUUUCUUACCAGAGAGAAAUACUCCUCAGUUCACAGUCAUGUCUUUUUUAUGUUACUGCUUGUUGAUACUACACACAUUUGUCAAAAAAUAUUGUCAAGAAGAGUCAAGAACUUCCUUGCAUGGGAAGAGUAAGAUUUAAUCUCUGAUGAACACUUUGAGAACUCACUAAGAAUUGCAACCACUGCCACUGAAGCAACCUGAUGCAUCAGUUUCACAAAAACGAGGUCAUAUAUGCCACUAA